AUGAUGAUGCCUCUAAAGUUUGCUUUGUGUCUGACAUGCCUGGCACUGGGUAGUGUAGCUCAGAAGACUAACCUGAAGUCCUCAGUUUAUGUGCGUCAAGAAAGUGGUUUUGUGUCGGCUAACGUUGGUGACAAAGUGACUUUGCAAUGUUUCUACGAAGACGAUGCAGUAAUAUUUUACUGGUAUAAACAAUCUCUGGGACGGAAACCAGACCUUGUGUCUAAAUUUUAUAAACAUGAAAAAAAUGGCACGUUUUACAGUGAGUUUGAAAACAAUUCUCGUUUCUCACUAGACACUGGAAAUGGUAACAAUCACUUGAUCAUUUCAGAUAUACAGAUUUCGGACUCAGCUACUUAUUACUGCAUUGGUAUCUAUGUAUACGAUUUUGAAUUUGCUGAAGGUGUUACUGUCAGUGUAGAAGGUUCAGGGAUGAACAUCCGAACUUUGCUCCAUCAGUCUGAGCCGAUGGUUCCAUCUGAAAGUAUUCAGCCUGGAGGCUCUGCUCUGAACUGUAUUAUACACAAACAUACCUAUGAUGGAGGCCACAGAGUUUACUGGUUCCAGGAUUCUGCCGAAUCUCAUCCUGGACUCAUUUAUGCCAAUGGAGUCAGGAGUGAUGAGUAUGAGAAGAGGCCUAUGACACAAACACACGCCUGCUUCUACAACUUACCCAUGAAAAGUCAUAAUCUGUCUGAUGCUUCAAGCUACUGUGCUGUUGCCUCAUGUGGACGCAUAUUGUUUGGAGACAGGAAAGAGCUCCACUUAGAGCAUGAGCACUCUGUUGUCUUGGUGUAUUUCCUGAGUGGAGCGUUGAUAUUUACCAUUAUCCUGCUGCUUAUACUGUCAUAUGCAGCACUGACGAUUAAUAUCAAAAUGAAACGCCAAAGUUCAGGCUCUCAAGCGAGAUCUGCAGAUGCCUCAACUCCAAAUACAGAAGGUUACCAAGAUUCGGACAACCUUCAUUAUGCUGCUUUGAGGGACCACAAGGUCAACCGAUCCAAGAGACAAAGAGACAACACAAACACCGAAUGUUUGUACUCCAGUGUCAAACAGUAAACCUGGACAUGUCAUUUGUAGCCAUGUUGUCCUGUAAGAAGAACUGUUUCUUUAAAGCAUUUGUUUUUUGUUUGUUUGUUUUUUAGCUUUGUUGUUUGUUGAAGCAUUGUUGUCAUAUAUUGCACAUGGUAGGCCUUAAAAGAAGAAAACUUAUAGCAAGGGCAAACUGUUGAUGUAACUCAAGAGCACACUUGGUUUUAGGUGUGUCUUCUGUCUCAGUGAAAUAAGAAGCCAGAGGUAGAGACGGUAAAAGAGAAAGAUUGCUACAUAAAAGCCGGUAGAACUGUGAGGAACAUAAGCUAGCAAGCUCAUAUUACAAAUAUUACAGACUCUGUAAUGCAAAAGGGUCAUAAACAAAACGUCUCUGCAAACUCAAAGUGUGGCCUUCAGAGAUGAGACUUCUUCCAGUUGAGCCUGUACGCACAGAAACAGCGGCCCUGUGCCUUCUCAUAGUGGUGUUGUGGUAUGGAGGCACUUAACUUCUAAAUACGCAGUUACACUGAACAUGAGAGGAAACAAUUUAUCCAUGAUCAUCUUCUGAUAAUUUAAGUCAUCUGAUAUAUCUUUCACAACUGCAUUUGCAGAAUGUUGUUCCAUUUUGUGUUGUUUACACACCUGAAACCAGAGAAGUGAGACUCUGUAUGUAGCUCCUGUGUGGUCAACAGUCAGAUGACUGACUUUCAAAGUGCUUUGAAGAACACCUAGCUCACUUUGUCUUUCUGGUUUCAGACAGGAAGUGUCUGCAGUGUGUUUAUGCACUGCAGCCAUGCAGUAUUAAUGAUGCUCGAGUUUCUUUAAAUAAACUAAAA